AUGAAAGAAUACCUGAUUAAGGGGUACGCUAGAAAGUUGACGGAUGAGGAAGCCGCUAAACGCAGCAACGUGACGUGGUAUCUCCCACAUCAUCCGGUCUUGAAUCCCAACAAGCCCAAUAAGGUUAGGAUCGUCUUUGAUGCUGCCGCCAAGUUCGCUGGAGUAUCAUUGAACGACUGUCUACUGCAAGGUCCGUGUCUCACCAAUGAUCUCUCCGGGGUGCUAAUAAGAUUCCGACAACACGAAGCUGCAUUCACCGCGGACAUAGAGGGCAUGUUCAAUCAAGUAGAGGUUACUCCAGAAGACACGGAUGCGUUGAGGUUCUUGUGGUGGCCCGGAAGUACUGAUGAUCCGCCCCAGAAAUACCAAAUGCUGGUACACAUCUUUGGCGCCAAAUCGUCACCAUGUUGUGCUAAUAAGGCUCUGAAGAUGACAGCUGAAGACAACAAACAGGGAUACGACCCACAAUUUAUUGAAAGCGUGCAUAGUAACUUUUAUGUAGACGAUGUCCUGAAAUCCACUCCAACAACAGAGGAAGCUGUGCACAUUGCGACAGAACUAGUUAAGAUGCUAAGAGAAGGAGGAUUUCGUCUAACGAAAUUCGCCAGCAACCGUCGAGAGGUUCUAGCCGCACUCCCACAAGAAAGCAGAGUCAACCCAACGAUGGAUCUGGACUUGGAUCAGCUACCUAUUCAACGCACAUUAGGCAUCUCCUGGGACGCACAAACUGGCACCUUCCAGUUUAAGGUCAUCCCUACCGAAAAGCCACUAACCAAGAGAGGAAUCCUCAGUGUUGUCAGCUCGUUAUUUGACCCMCUAGGAUUCGUGGCCCCGUACGUCCUACCGGUGAAAAUACUUCUGCAAGACCUUUGGAGAAAAGAGUUUCUUUGGGAUCAGGAAGUUCCGGAACCUUAUCUCACGCUAUGGCGAAGGUGGCUGCAGUCCUUGCCGUACAUCGUGCAGAUCCGUAUCCCAAGGUGUUACAAAACCGCUGGCCUCGGCAAGAUAACAACUUUGCAGUUGCAUCACUUUUCUGAUGCUUCCAGGAGAGGUUAUGCUUCAGUGUCGUAUCUGAGAAUGGUAGAUGAAGAAGGAAAAAUAAACUGUGCCUUUGUCAUGGGGAAAAGUCGAAACACCCCUCUGAAAGAAUGGACAAUACCAAGACUAGAGCUACAAGCGGCCAUACUUGCAACACGUUUGAGCAAGUCAGUCCUCAGGGAAUUGGAGGGGCCAGUAGAUGACGCGCAUUUCUGGUCGGAUUCAAUGACAACGUUACAGUACGUGCGAAACACAACCCGAAGAUUCCAUACCUUCGUGGCCAACCGUCUGACAGAGAUCCACGAGAGUACGACUCCCGAACAGUGGCACUUUGUUCCCGGCAACUUAAACCCAGCCGAUGAGGGAUCGCGGGGAAUGGAUAUCCAGUCCUUUUAUCUGGGCUGCCGCUGGUGGCGUGGACCAGACUUUCUGUGGAAACACGAGGAGGAAUGGCCAAAGGAAGAAAUCGGUGAACUUGCAGCUGAUGACAAGGAAAUCAGAGUCGAAAAGAGCAUCAUGUCCACCUCAGAGUCCAGUGUAGAACAGAUAUUCCUGCGUUAUUCGUCCUGGCCACGUUUGCUGAGAGUUAUGGCAUGGGUGCUUCGCUUCGUCAAGAGAUUAAGGAAGGUAAAGAGUGAUCAUCAAGUAUCAAAAACAAUCACCCUGGCUGAGCUUCAAGAGGCGGGCCAAGAAAACUCGAGACUACCACAACGCCAAGUACUACAAGAAGAAUACUCAGCUCUAGUGCAAGGCCGACAAGUCAAGGCUCAGAGUAAACUAGCUAACCUGAGUCCGACCCUCAUUGACGGCAUGAUCCGCGUGGGAGGUAGGAUUCACCGAGGACCGAUUGCAUUUGAUGCUGCGCAUCCGAUCAUACUUCCCCGAGAACACCCAGUGUCUAACCUGAUCGUACACCAUUACCACAGAGUUCUCAGCAAUGCCGGUCGGGAGCAUGUCCUAUCUGUAAUACAUCAGAAGUAUUGGAUACUAGGAGCAAGAUCUCUAGUUAAAAAUGUCUCACGCAAAUGUGUGACCUGCAGAAAACGGAGCGCAAAUCCAAUGAAGCAAAGAAUGGGGGAUCUGCCGAAGGAGAGGCUGGUGCCUUAUCAGCCACCCUUCACUUACACAGGACUAGACUUCUUCGGGCCAUUUAAUGUAAAGCGUGGCCGUACUAUGAUGAAAGUAUAUGGAUGUAUCUUUGUCUGCUUCAAUAGUCGAGCAAUCCACAUAGAAGAUGUCAGUUCGCUCGAGACUGACGCGUUUAUACAGGCCCUUCGCAGAUUCAUCGCGGUUCGUGGGUGUCCAAAGGAGAUCUGGUCCGAUAACGGGACCAACUUCACAGGAGCCGAAAAAGAACUCCGACGCUCCGUCAAGGAACUGAAUACGGAAACCAUUGAGAAGGAACUCCGCUCCAAGGAAGUAAAAUGGUACAGUUGUCCUUUGCCGAAAUGGCAGUUUCAGCMUCCUACAGCGAGCAACAUGUCAGGGGUCUGGGAGAGACUCAUCCGAAGCGUGCGCAAGGCUAUGAAGGGCGUCCUAGGCGACCCAAACUCAACCAUUGGUUGGGAAACGCUUCGCACGGUGUUUGCUGAAGUCACCGCCAUCCUGAACAGCCGCCGACUUUGCCCUUGCAGUGACGAUCCAAAUGACGUCGAAGCACUUACACCAAACCAUUUCUUACUACAGAAGAAGAAUAUUGUCGUCCCUCCAGGUGUAUUCGGUAAGGAAGAUCUUUACGGCCGUAGGCAGUGGAGACAAGCUCAGUUUCUGGCCGACUGCAUCUCGACCAGAUGGCUACGAGAAUAUGUCCCGACGCUGCAGCGACGACAGAAGUGGACCCUUGACCUGAGGAACCUCGCUGUGAACGACUUGGUGCUCCUCGCAGACAGUUCUCUACCAAGGACUCGUUGGCUUCUCGGAAGAGUUACAAGGAUCUUCCCAGGUGAAGACAAACGUGUACGAGUUGCAGAAAUCAAGACAAAGAGUUCCCUACUAGUUCGUCCUGUAAACAAGUUGUGUCUCGUGUUGGAAGCAGUGUGA